AUGGAAAUCGAUGAUAGAAAAAAGAAUAAGAAAAUAAAUAUUGUAAAACUUCCUAAAUUUUUAGGAAAUUAUAUUACAAAUUUACACCAGCAAACAGAUAUUGGCGAGGUGGAUAUAUCUGACAAUGGAAAUAUAAAAUUUCGUAUUUAUGAUAAAUCAGGAAUCGGAAUUCCUUUGGAGUACAAUGUUAAACAAAUAAGUAAAAAUAAUUCUGAUAUGUAUGUCUUAUCUAACACUCAAAUAUUAUCUUCAAUAGAAGGAGAAAUAGAUAGCGAAUUAGUAGUUACUCCCAUUAUCAAUAAAAAAUAUAUUGAAUUUAAAAAACAAAAUGCUUAUAAAGUUCCUAGCACAACGGCAAUUAUUGAUUCCACAACAGAAAAAAUAAGAUUAGAAAAGAUUGGAAAUUUAAGAGAAAUGGACUAUUUGGCUAGAAAGAGAAAACAGAUGUUAAUUGAUAAGAAAAGAGAAAGACUUGACAAAACUGAGGCCAUGAAUAUUGUUUUUAAUGCUUUUGAAAAAUACGAAAGCUGGACUGUCCGUGAUCUUGCAGAUUUUACUGGACAACCGACUGCAUUUGUACAGGAAAUCGUAAAUGAAAUAUGCAAUGUAGAUAAAAAAGAACAUAAAAGUCUUUACACUUUAAAAAAUGAAUACAAAUAG